AUGGCCGUCUCAUCCUUCACUAAAUUCCCUGAAGUUUUUGCCACAGAGUUAAAUGGCCGUAAGAUUGAUGAACUCCCUGAAGGAGCCGUGAAGCCUCCAGCAAAUAAAUACCCCAUCUUCUUUUUCGGGACUCAUGAAACUGCGUUCCUGGGGCCCAAAGACCUUUUCCCGUAUAAAGAAUAUAAAGAUAAGUUUGGGAAGUCGAACAAGCGAAAAGGAUUUAAUGAAGGCCUGUGGGAAAUAGAAAACAACCCUGGAGUAAAGUUUACUGGAUAUCAGGCAAUUCAGCAACAGAGCUCAUCAGAAACUGAAGGAGAAGGAGGAAAUACAGCAGAUGCCAGCAGUGAGGAGGAAGGUGAUCGGGUAGAAGAAGAUGGAAAAGGAAAAAGAAAGAAUGAAAAAGCAGGCUCAAAACGGAAAAAAUCCUACACUUCAAAGAAAUCCUCCAAGCAGUCACGGAAAUCUCCUGGAGAUGAAGAUGAUAAGGACUGCAAAGAGGAAGAAAAUAAGAGCAGCUCUGAUGCUGGGGACGCAGGCAAUGACACAAGAAACACUUCUUCAGACUUGCAGAAAACCAGUGAAGGGACUUAACCAACAUAAUGACUGCUGAACAUUAAGGGAAAACACAAGAAGGUUACAUGUUUGGUUGUCUAAUACUCUUGGAUUUGAUAUGAGUCACCUCAUCUGUUCAUUAGUAUCAUCAACAGCAUCCCAGUUUGUAUGCACAUUAUUCACAUUCCUAUCUGUUGUGUUUGCAGAAAUGACAUUUUACCCUUUUUUCUAAGGGUUACUUUUUGAUUUUACUAUUAUUUGGUUGCAUGAAGUUGCCCUUUACCAGUGGCUGAGGUUUAUGAAGAUACCGCCUACUUGAACAUGUUUCAGAUUCCUUUUCUAGAUAGAAAAGGUGUAACUCCAAAUUAUAUCAUUCUAAAUCAGCAUUUUUUAAAACCAAGUUAAUCUUAGAAAUGAGUCCCCUCCAUACAAGAUUACAACAAUAUCUUCCACCUACAAACAUAAUUUUAAAUCUCCCUAUAUCCAUGCUUUGUUGAUUUUUGAUCAGUUUUCAACAUAAAAAAAAAAAUUCUCCUUCAGUUGAGAUCACCGCCAAGUUCAAUAAUGUAAUAAAAUACCUUUCCUUAUUAGAAGUACCUAGCUAGUUAUACUCUUAAUACUUCUCAAAAUCAUGAUGUAAUGUACACUAUCUGACUUAGUUCCUAUAUGUGGAGUUAGUGAAAGUCUUUUUGUGUUUCUUUAGAUUAAGACAAGGAUUUUUUCCAAUGCCAACACAAUUUGAAAUCAUUCAUUUGGAUGCUUUCCAUUUUUAAGCUUACUGUGAUAUAGAACCCUAUGGGAAACCAAAAGAAAACAUCAAUUUUAAAUAACGAAAGGCUUAAAAAAGGAUGCUGUCAUUCUGGCUUUUUUUUUCCUUUUGGAAAUAGAACUAGACUAGUAAGUAAGCAUUCCAAAUCCAUUAUUCUGUGUACAUUAUUGUUGCUAUUGUGAUAAUAGAGAUUUUUAUUUAUUUUUAUGCCAGCUUUUAUUGUGAAAACAUAUUUAGUCUGGUUUUAUCAAUCCUUGUUAUGCUUGUCCUUGGAACAUCUUUUGCGUAUUCAAGGUUUGUAGUUGACGAGUUUACUGUAAAAAACUAAAAAAAAACCACAACAAAAAAACAAAAAACAAAACAAAA